CCAUGCAAGGAGCAUUGGCAAGCUCCCAGGCAGGUCUCUGUCCCAGCGAGAGAGGGUGAAGCUGCUUCCUCAGGGCCAGCUCUGCUCAUCAGGGAGGGUUCAGCCAGCAGCACUCCAGCUUUAAUGGGGAACAAAAGCCCUGUGGGGGCUGCAGGGGCUGAGUCACACAGCAAGGAGGGUGUGGGACUCCCUGCCAGUCACGGUUCUGUGGAGGAGUGGGCACGGGGGCUGCUGUACCCCUUGGGAGGCGCAAAUCCUCCAGCAGGAAUAGAGAGGGGGAGAUGUCAUAGUUUCAUUUAGGUUAGGUAACUUGAAUUGAAGGUGCCACUGGGCUGUGGUUCCCAGGGAAAGACACAGCCCUUCUCCAGCCUCUGCUGCUUCCGAGUGUGGGGUCAGGAAUGGCAUGGGAAUAUGCUGUGCCACAGCACCCUGCAGCAGAGAUGUCACAGGGCCACAUGGAGGUGAUGGGGAGUGCUGGCAAGACGAAUGAGCUGCUCCUGACAACUGCCAAGGUAAUACAACAGUCAGAGCACAUUGAGGACGAGUCCCAGCUCCAGUCGUGCCAGACCUUCAUGGAAUGACACUGGGAUUAGGGGUGACGGCAAUGUGUUCUUGGUGUAAUACAUGGCUGUCGGGCCCUGUCAUGAUGCAGGGGCUAUCUCAUAGACCUGAAGUUCAAAUUUUCCAGUGCCUAGCAGGUAAAGCCUCAGCAUGUGAAUCUGGGGCAGAACAAAUCAGGCACAUAUGGGAGCUCUGUGGGGAUUUCUCACCCCAGCUGGCAUCCACAGCACCAGAGUGGGCAAGGCUGAGGCAGGCCAUAGCUGGGACUGUGGUCACAAAGUUCAGUCCCAGCCCAGGACAAACAGAUGAUGCAACUUUCCUGAUGGAUGUAGGCAGAGAACAGAAGGGCCUUUCUACCUCUGGAUGCCAAGACUGGAGAAAAAAAUGCCUUGAAUUAGGAAAAAUCAGGGAUAAUGUGGCCUCCUAAAUGGCAAGGAGCUGAGCCAGCUGGGAGGAGGGAGGCCAUGCUAUGGCCAUACCUGCUUGGUUGAGUACCACUGCCCAUAGUCAGGGACCCUGUGCCCAGACAGGUCUCAUCCAUAUUGGAUAAUUGGACAAAACAACAGGUACUUUGCUCUGCUGGGGCUGCUGUCAUGCAGUUUUCCAGGCUGCCUGACUUCACCUGAUGGCAGGUCCGGUUAAGAUAAGUGGCUCAGACCCAGCUCCCUGAGCAGCCUUUGCAGGCAGGCAGAUGCCAGCUGGACUGUGAGCAGAGAGGGGUGGCUGAGUGGUCACCCUCCUCUGCCUCCCCAGACUCCGAAGGGUUAAGUGCCAGUUUCGAGUGUCUCUAAGGUGACACCAGGCUGCCUGCUCCGUGCAGCUCCCCGCAGCCCCCUCCCCACGCACACAGCACACACUCACGCUCACUUUCUGCUUUGUCUUUUGCGAGCUGCUGCAGUGCACAGGCACUUUACUCGCUGCCUACCUCUGCCUGCUGCUCCUGCUCGGCUGCUGCUGCUGGGGACACUAAGGGACGUGCCUGGAGAGGGACCCUCGCAAGAAGGCAACCCAAGCUCUCUUCCGCUUGCUGCAAGCAUCGCUAUCCCCGGACCGUGCUCUCUCCUAAGACCCCUUCUCCGGCGAGCGCUGUGUUUCCCACUCCCUCCCCGCUGCCCUCAGUGCCGGCACCUCCGAGGAGCAGCACCAGCGACUCUGUGUUUCUCUCAGAUAUUCCUCCGCUUCGGAGUGGCAGGGCAGCAGAGACAGCGUAAGGCUGAGCUGCUGUGCCUGAGCUGCCGUGCCUGAGCUGCCCAAGCUACUAUCAAGAGGCUGAUAAAUACCACCGCAAAAAGUUGGACGCUGCUUUUUCUCGUGCUUGUGCUUCCUCAGGGGGUUAAGCCUCGCUGAGAUUGUCCCACGGCCUUGAGGAGGCAAAGCAGAGCAGCACUGUGGGACUCUGUGGGGCAAGACCAGGCUGCCCAAGAAGUUUUGGAGGACUCCUCGCCUGGAAAGACACCUCACUUCACCAUGGCUGAAGGUCCCGGGAGCUGGAGAGACUUCUCCCCUGCCAGGAAUGAUGGGGAGGUGGCCAGGGGGGCCACAGCAAGUCUCCAAGGAGCAGUAGAUGCAGAGAGCACUGGGCGAGCACAGCGCUUGGGCCUCCACAGCAUGGAUCCAGCUUGGGAGGAGAUGAGAGGGGCAGUGGCUGUGGCAGAGGUGGAGGAGCAGUUCCUGCAACUGGCCAUCAGAAAGCAAGCCUCUUACAGGAAAGCUAUUGCCAAAUCCAGCCUCCAGCACAUGAUAGCCCAGCCAAACCCUGCACUAGCCCUGAGGAGCGACUCGGAGAGGCAGAUACGCAGCACUGUGGACUGGAGCGAGACUGCGAUAUAUGGGGAGCACAUCUGGUUUGAGACCAGUGUCUCUGGGGACUUCUGCUAUGUUGGGGAGCAGAACUGCAUGGCAAAGCUGUUGCAAAAACCGCUCUCCAGGCGUAAGUGUGCAGCCUGCAAGAUUGUAGUGCAUACACCCUGCAUCGAACAGCUGGAGAAAAUAAAUUUCCGCUGCAAACCUUCCUUCAGGGAGUCAGGAUCCCGGAACAUACGCGAGCCCAUCAUUGUCCGGCAUCACUGGGUGCACCGGAGGCGGCAGGAAGGGAAAUGCCGGCAGUGUGGCAAGGGUUUUCAGCAGAAGUUUGCCUUCCACAGUAAAGAGAUUGUAGCCAUCAGCUGUUCCUGGUGCAAGCAAGCGUAUCACAGCAAAGUGUCGUGUUUCAUGCUGCAACACAUUGAAGAGCCCUGCUCGCUGGGGGCUCAUGCUGCUGUCGUCGUUCCUCCCACCUGGAUUCUGCGGGUCCGACGGCCCCAGAAUCCACUGAAAUCUAGUAAGAAGAAGAAGAGGACAUCAUUCAAGCGGAAAUCCAGCAAAAAGGGGGCCGAGGAAGGGAGGUGGAAACCCUUUGUGAUCAAGCCCAUGCCAGCUCCUCUUAUGAAGCCCUUACUGGUGUUUGUGAACCCCAAGAGCGGUGGGAAUCAGGGAGCCAAGAUCAUCCAGUCCUUCAUGUGGUAUCUCAAUCCACGGCAAGUUUUUGACCUCAGCCAAGGUGGACCCAAGGAGGCGCUGGAGCUGUACCGCAAAGUCCACAACCUCCGGAUCCUGGCGUGUGGGGGAGACGGCACGGUGGGCUGGAUACUCUCCAUUCUGGACCAGUUACGGAUCAACCCACCUCCUCCUGUGGCCAUCCUACCUUUGGGAACAGGGAAUGACUUGGCCAGAACACUGAACUGGGGUGGGGGUUACACGGAUGAGCCUCUGUCCAAGAUCCUGUCUCAUGUAGAAGAUGGGAACAUAGUGCAGCUCGAUCGCUGGAACCUCCAUGUGGAGCCAAACCCUGACACAAACCCUGAGGAAAAGGAUGAUGCAGCCACUGACAAGCUGCCUUUGGAUGUCUUUAAUAACUACUUCAGCCUUGGCUUUGAUGCACGGGUGACGCUGGAGUUUCAUGAAUCCCGAGAGGCCAACCCGGAGAAGUUCAACAGCCGGUUUCGGAAUAAAAUGUUCUAUGCUGGGACGGCCUUCUCUGACUUCCUCACGGGGAGCUCCAAGGACUUGGCAAAGCAUGUCAGGCUGGUUUGUGAUGGGACAGACCUGACCUCCAAGAUUCAGGACCUGAAGCCCCAGUGUCUGGUCUUCCUGAAUAUCCCAAGGUACUGUGCAGGCACCAUGCCCUGGGGCAACCCUGGAGAGCACCACGACUUCGAGCCUCAGCGCCAUGAUGAUGGUUGCAUUGAAGUUAUUGGCUUCACCAUGACAUCCCUGGCUGCCUUGCAGGUCGGUGGCCAUGGGGAGCGGCUCUGUCAGUGCCGGCAGGUGGUUCUCACCACAUCCAAGGCCAUCCCUAUGCAGGUGGAUGGAGAACCCUGCAAACUGGCAGCUUCCUGCAUCCACAUCUCCCUGCGCAACCAAGCAAACAUGGUGCAGAAGACCAAGCGGCGCAACUCCAUGCCUCUGCUCAAUGACCAGCAGCCAGUGCCCGAGCGGCUGCGGAUCCGGGUGAGCCGAAUCAGCAUGCGUGACUAUGAGGCGCUGAACUAUGACAAGGAAAAGCUCAAGGAAGCCUCUGUGCCACUGGGGAUCAUCGUAGUUCCAGGAGACAGUGACCUGGAGUUGUGCCGGACCCAAAUCGAGAAGCUGCAGGAGGAGGGAGAUGGAGCCAAGCCAAAGACACUGUCAUUCCAGAAGCUUUCACCCAAGUGGUGCUUCCUGGACUCUACCACGGCCAAUCGGUUCUACAGGAUAGACCGUGCACAGGAGCACCUGAAUUAUGUGACAGAGAUCUCUCAGGACGAGCUCUAUGUGUUGGACCCAGAGCUAGUGAUCACCCAGACCGUGAGCACCUCUCCUGCCAUGCCCGACCUCGUGGACUCAUCUGCCACACCCCCUGGGCACCACUUCGCAUUCCCCUCCUCUUCUUCCUCUCCACCCUCUUCUCCUGCCCCCAGCGCUGAGCCUGAGCGCUGCCUCCCACACAGAGAUGAUCUUCUAAUAGAAGCUGCCAAGGGUGGCAACUUCAGCAAGUUCCAAGAGCUGCAUCGAGCUGGAAGAGACCUGAUGGUGCGAGACUCCUCAGGCCAGACUGUCCUCCACCAUGCCGUCAAAUCAGGGAGCAAGGACAUCGUCAGAUACAUCAUCGAGAACGCCCCUUCAGAAAUCCUUGAUGCCACAGAGGAGGAGAACGGUGAAACCAGCUUGCACCAGGCUGCAGCCUUACGCCAGCGCACUAUCUGCCACUACAUCGUGGAGGCCGGGGCUUCGCUCAUGAAGACAGACCUGCAGGGAGACACCCCAAAGCAUCGUGCUGAGAAAGCCAAUGACCCUGACUUAGCUGCCUACCUCGAGAACCGACAGCACUACCAGAUGAUCCAGCGGGAGGACCAGGAGACAGCUGUGUAGUGCUUGGCGUGCCUUAGCCCAAGCCAGCUUGGGCAGGACAAGAGGACAAUGCCAACUGGCAGAGCUAUGAGUCUGGCCCAACCCUCCCUCGAUGUCAGCCUGGUCCUUGGAGAUGGAUACAGCAGAGUUCUGCCCCAGGCUGGGCUGGGACUCUGUUUAUGAGGACAGGUGGGUAUUUCGGACUUGAAGCCUGAUUCUUUGUGCGUCCACUUCUUCACCUCUCAUUCACCACAUUCCCUGCCCUAGAUGGGCUCUAUCCCCUGGCCUUAUUGAGGCAAGCCAGGCUGAAGCCCCCAGUCACUCUUGUGCACGGGAGUAAUGCCAGUGCCCCCUCUGCAGGCUCCUGCCUAUGAUCCUUGUGGGAUAUCAUUCCUCAGCCCCUCUCUCUGCUGGCAGUGCCCCUCUUUUAGGUGCUUGGCUAGGUUCAGGUCCUGUUCCUCCUCUCCUGUCUGGCACAGUUGCAGGAGGCACAGGUUCUGCAGGCAGACAGCAGAGGCCAUGAGCCUCAGACUUUGCCACAAGGGAAGCAGCACAACUUACUGCCCCUGCCUCUUCUGGCUCAGGGUAUGUAUGGCACAGAGAAAGGCUACCAAGCUGUCCCACCAUCCUUCCCUCCACAGGGCUGGGUGGGACAGCUUGCACACCCAGUGUCUGCUGGGCAUCUCUCUGUGAGCCUACUGCAGCAUGUAGCCAUGGUGGAGAGCUGCACUUGACCCUGAGUAGUGCCUGUGGUGAAGCCUGUUAUAUUUCCCAAAUGCUGACUUGGAUUCAGCUGCCCUCCCUGCUUCAGUUUCCCCUUCAAUGCUAGUCUGUGCAUGGGGCUGGAGGAACAAUGCUGGGGUCAGUGCUGCUCUCAGGGAUUCCCCCCCAUGCCCCUCAACCUGGCAACAUGCAUCUUCUGAGUCCAAGUCCUGCCAUUCCCUAAACUGGACACAGGACUUCACAGGGAAAACUUCAGAGCUCACCCAGCCAAGGCACAAAGUCCCUGGGCAGGCCACCAGCUCACUGUCUCCAGUUUUAGCAGAACAAGGAACCUGGGAAGCAUAUGGGCUCCCAGCCCUGAGUCACGCCUGCAGGGGGGCCUGCCGUGGAGCAUGAGGCACCACAACCCAUCUCCCCUGCAGUGGACACUUGAUGCAGAGGCAUCAAGCCAGCCUUUCAGCAAGGCUUUUAGAGAACUGGCAUUCUCUGAGACCAGGAGGUGCCAGCAGAGGAGGAAAACUGAUAGCUCUGGGCCUGGCAAACCUGCUUGGCACUUUCAGGUGGGCAGUGAAGUGGGUUGCUGUUCACAGCUUGGAUCCUGGGAGAGGAUACUGCUGCUGCCAUGUGGGGUCUGUACAGUCCCUCUGCACUUACACCCAGCUGCGCCCACUGGGUAGUGCCAGAUGGCACCAUUUGAGUCUCCUAAUACCAAUACCAAAACCAAAAAAAGGUAAUUAUACCACAGAGAACCAGAAUACUCUUCAGGUUUUUUGGCCAGGGGCAGAGUUCCCUUUGAGGAUGGGGGAUACUGUAGUGGGGAACAGAGGCAGAGGGCAGUGCAAAGUGGCAGGGGCUAGUGGCACUGGCAGUUAAUAACGUUAGCAUCUUAAUGCAUUCAGAGUUGGGAUGAAGGCCAGUGACAAACAAGGCACUGUCAUCUUCUCAGAGGUCCACACUACUCCUCUCCCAGAUGGGACCCCCAGCUUGGCCCAGAGGCAUCUACAGCGCCAGCUUCUCCCUUUCUCCCUUAUAGUUUUUGUACAGGUAGUUGAGAGACACACUGUCCCCCUCCCCCCCUGGCCCCUCCGUGCAUGCGUGAGCUGAGUUGCUGUGCAAUUCCAAGCCUGCUGUUAUUUUGAAGACGGAGGGGGCUUUGGUUGCCCUGCUCACUGAGGGCAGGAGUUCUGUGCAAUACCUGGGUCUGUGUUUCUUAGACGCUGUUGUAGGAUUGUAUUUUUGUAACUCCGUGAGGAUGCUGGCUCCAGCAGGUCCAGGGCCUGGCACAAGCCUGUAUUCCCAUUGCUUUUCAACUUUGACUGUUUGGAUGUUGUUGUUUCUUGCCAUUGAAAUAAAGAGAUUGAUGUUUUAGUUCCCA